AUGGCAGCCGUCGACGAAUCAUCUUCUACAAUAAGCACUACUGUUCACCACAAUGUCGAUCCUCCAUCGAGCUGCGACGGAGAAGCUAGGGAGGGGACGACGCUGGCCACUUGCGACGCCAUGGAAGGGCAUUGCUUCAACGCGGAUAGAGACGACUCCAUGAUGGAUAUGGAGAGUCACGACAGGUUGUUAUGGGAGAUGGGCCCGGAGAGGCAGAGGUACAUCACCUACGAAGCACUUAGGGCAAACAGUAUCCCGUGUGGCUGGCGUGGAAACUCCUACUACGAUUGCGAUGCGCACAAGAGGGUCAACCCUUAUCGUAGGGGUUGCACCGCUGCAACCCGUUGCUUCAGGUACACUCAUUGA